AUGACGCGACCCGCGACGACGAUCGCGCAGCUGAUGCUCAUCCGCGCGUGCCACGGCGAGGCGCUCCGCCGCCACAGCCUCGGCACCGCGCUCGGCUUGCGCACGCGGCGCGGAAUACUCACGGAUAUCCCCGCUAUAGUCGUCUUCGUUCCAAGGAAGGUGCACGAGGAGUGGCUGCUGCCGGCGCAGAAGCUUCCGAGGAAGCUGCAGGGGCCGGGCGGGUACGAGUGUGAUGUGGACGUGGUGGAACUGACCAAUCAGAGCGGCGGCAGCAGCAGCAGCAGCCCGGGCGCUGCGGGCCACGUGGCAGGUGACGUGGCAGGCGCGGUGGGAGUGGCAGCAGACGUAGCUAUUAUAGAUAACCCGCUGGUGGAGCAGCUGAGGGGGAGUGGCAGUAAGAUCGGGCCGGGGUCGCAGAUUGCAAGCGAGGAGGUGUAUGGAACGCUGGGAGCGAUUGUUAAAAAAGCCGGCAGGAGCAACAGCAGUGGCAGCAGUAGCGGUGGCGGUGGCGGCGGCGGCGGCGGCGGCGGUGGCGGUGGCGGCGGCGGCGGCGGCGGCGGCGGUGGCGGCGGUGGCGGCGGCGGUGACCAUGGGAGGACGAGCGGCACUGGUGGGAUGAGCAGCAGUGUUGGUGGGAGCAGUGGUUGUCUUGGGGUGGGGUUUCUGGCGGCUCGCCACGUGGCAGUUGACUUGGACCAGCCGAAGCAGAAGCUGUUUCACCCCCUGCCUGCGUCGCUUGGUCCGGGAAGGUUCUUAGGCUCGGUGGAACGAGCCUUGCCGUUUGCCUCGGACCACGCGUGGUUCGGCGUGUUCGCCAACAUGAACCCAGACUCGUUUGUGCGCACUGACGGCGCGUACGUUUCUUUCCAUGAGGAGUUUGACCUAUCAGUUGUGACAACGCAAGUGGCGGGAAUCGGCCCUAUUGGUCCCCCCCGCCGCAUCGACCUAUCAGACGACAUUUGUAGUGUGGUGGGACAGCACGUGUGGAAGGUGGGCAGCGCAUCAGGGCUAACCCAGGGCACCAUAGCAGCAUAUGCAGUGGAGCACAGAGAGGGAGAGACGUCCCUCUUCACAGACCUCCUUAUUGUGGGCCGGGACGGCCAUGCAUUUGAUUGCAGCAGCCGGCAUCAGGGCAGUGUUGUUGUCUUGCUGCGCUCUGGGCGGCGACAGGCUCGGCCCAUAUUUGCUGCUGCACCUGCUGCGCGGGUAGUAGUGCAGCGCAUAGAGCCCAUGCCUCUGGGAAAACUCUCCCUCAACCUCUCCGGCUUCCCAGAACCUUCCUCUGCCUCCACUCCCUCUCCAACCCCUCCUCCUCUCUCCUCCUUUCCUCCCUCACUCUCCCAAGCCGUCUCCCCCUCUCUCUCCGCCCUCACCUCCUCUCUCCAAACCCUCCUCCCAGCCACCCACACUCUCCCGCUCUCCCUGGACAAUCUUAACUCGCGCCGCCUCACGCCCCACAAGGACUAUACCUCGGACAGGCUAGUCUCUGGCGUGCUGCAGCUGCCAGCAGGGACCCACCUAACUCUUGACGAGACGGCUUUAAAGCCGGGAAGGGUGACGGCGCUAGGGAGUCAGAACCUGCAGGCACUUAAAGAGCAAUUGGAGUGGCAAAAAGUGGAUUACGAUUUUCAAUACUAUAAGAUGGAGAUGCAGAGUGAUGUUCCCGUGCUCAUUCUCUCGCACGCCACGUCACGCCUCCUGCCUGCUGACGUCAGCUUGCCAGUGCGGUGCACGGCGCCACCUCAGCCUGUCCGUGAGGACGAGCCGGAGGUCGCCACUUGGCGGCGGUACAUUGGCUGCUGCCGGCUGCUGGAUCACGAGAUUAAGGAGGACAUGCGGGAGGUGCGUGGCAUGCGGGAGGUGCGUGGAAUGCGGGAGGUGCGUGGCAUGCGGCUGCAAAGGAGAGAGCCUUUUCAUGAGUGCGGGUUUGAGGCCCUUCUAAAGGACGGCAUGCGGGAGGUGCGGGUGCUGUGUUUGCAGAUAAGACAGCGUGUGUAUGAGUGUGGUGCAGAUGAGAGUGGAUGCAUGCGAGUGUGUACGUGGCUGUUGGAGCACGAGAUGAAGGACGGCAUGCGAGAGCAAGUGGAGAGGGAACUUGUGGCAGCGCGCCAGCAGGACCCCUCUCUCGACUCCGAUACUUUCCACCGGUGGCUCACGUUGGCUCGCCUGGCAGCAGCAAGCUUUGGAGAGAGGGAGCUCUCGAGGGAGAGGUGGCAGGCAGUGAGGGACCUGGAGCGCACUAGAGAGGCUCGUAACCGAGUGGUGUAG